CCUCCUACCACCUGAUUCUGAUCACCGUGCAGCUGUUAUCACUAUAAAAUAUCACCUCCAUCUCUGCAUCCCUGAACCCUGCCCUGUCUGACUGACAGUGAAUGAAGACACCUCAAGAGAGCUCGUGUCAGCGGAGAUGUUGGCAGGUGCGUUGGUUCUGGGCACCAUCCUCACAACUUUACCAGGUAUACAGAGCAGGUGGUCAGUUUCAUUUUCGCGGAGGGAGAUCUGUGUGUGGGCAGGAACGACUGUCACUCUGCCCUGUCGCUAUGACUACCCAUCAGGUCACACUGUGAAGCGAGUCAUGUGGUUUCGGGUCUCUUCAGAUGGUCGCAGGGAGUUCACUCACCACACAGACCCAAACCAGAUCAGCCUGUCAUACCGAGGACGUACACGCUACAUUGGAGGCAGCUACUCCAGCUGUUCAGUCCAGAUUCGUGUUGUGAGGCUCAGUGAUGCUGGUCAGUACCACUUCAGGUUUGAGACAGACCAACCGAUGGGGAGAUGGACCUCCCCUAACACCAUCACUCUGGAUGUAACAGACCUCCAGGUUCAGGUUCAUCCAGCGAGGCCUGCUAACAUGUUCGGUUUUGGUGAGACUGUGUUUGUCGGCUGCCAGGCUUCAGGUUGUGCUGCUCCAGGAAGGAGCCUUGCUCUGUACAGGAAUGGACUGAACCUCGGCUCUUAUGAGAAAUGGAUGAUUAUAAACCGCUUUGACCUGCAGCAUGCAGGAGCAUACAGCUGUCGACCAAUUCCACCACAGAACGUCCAAUCACCAUCUCUCAGCCUCGCCUUGGGACACGCUCCACGCUCCACCUCCAUAUCCGUCUUCCCAGUGGGGGAGUUGAUGGAGGGAGGCUCUGCCACUCUGACCUGCAGCAGUGAUGCAGCUCCACCUGUAGAGAGCUUUGCGUGGUUCAAAGACAUGGAGAGCGGCAGCAUCCCAGACAGUUUCAGUCCUCAGCUCCACUUGUCCCAUAUCAAAUACACAGACAGAGGAGAGUACUUCUGUGUGGCACGAAACUCCCUGGGAACUGACCGCUCUAAGCCGCUUCAACUCAAUGUAACCUACUCUCCAAAGAACACACGUGUGCUGCAGAGUCUUCGGGGUGACAUCAGAGAGGGUUUGUACGUAAACCUGAGCUGUGUAAGCAACGCAAACCCUCCUGCCAGCAGGUACGCUUGGUAUCAUAUCAUUGGGGACCAGGUGUUGAAUAAAGGAAACUUCCAGAACCUGACAUUCCCCUCUGUGCGAGCUCGCCAUGCUGGUCAGUACUACUGCUCGGUGUGGAACCGGUUAGGAUACCAAAGCUCUCCUGUGGCUUCACUGGCUGUGCUGUACCCUCCUAAAAACACCUCUGUUCUGGCUCGACCCUCCACUGUGGUGGACGCUGGCCGACCUUUGACCCUGACCUGCAGCAGCCAGGCCAACCCAGCAGUGGACAACUUCACAUGGCACCGCCUUGCUCUGGGCGGGGGCUCUGUACAAUCGUGGGGCACAAAGUCCGGCCCUGUCUUCACCUUCACAGAGGUCGGCCCUGGAGAGAGCGGUCAGUACUACUGCGAGGCAAGGAACCGAAUUGGAGCCCACAGCUCUCCUGUCCUCACCGUACGAGUCAGAGGUCGUCUCAAGGUGAUCGCCCUGGCGUCAGCUGUAGGCGUGUCUGCUGGACUCAUCACUCUCACUGUGGCCAUCAUGAUCAGUAAGAACAUGCACAGAGUAGACAUGGAGUCAGGAGAAAUACCAAACAAGCGUCCGUCACUGAUAGCUGACACCGUGUUCUAUGAGUCAGCCCAGCAGGCCUUUCCAGUGAGGAAGGGCAAGAUGUCUGAUAUACCGGAGGAGCCAGAAGACUUGAGUGACAGCUGCCAUCCCUCUAUUGUUCCUCUGAAAGAUGCUCCACCAAUCACAGAAGUUGAAAGUCAAAGCCCCGCCCCAAAUUACAUCAUGGUUCACUACUCCAAGUUAUCCAGUACAGAGCAGGUGCAGGUCCACAAUCUGCCACAAGGAGGAGAUAAAAAGCUGAAGGAUUCCUCCAAAGUUGUUUACACUUUGCUGCAGCAGCCACACCAUUAACCCGGAGAAAUACAGUUAAUCAGAGAAGAUUGAUGGACAUGAAGUCAUUCCUUGUGGAUGCUGACUGUACUUCAAACAACUGGUCUGGGCCAGAAGUGCUAUGGAUGCUCCACAGUUAACCCGACCACGAGGGCCCUUGCAUUGAACUGUGCUGCACGUCUAUCCUGUUGUUUUUUAAGCAUCUUACACAUGCUGCCCUGUGAAAAACAAAUGCUUCAAAAUAUUUGACUCAUAUCCACAAUACAUGCUUUAUACAUGCACUGCUGCUGCAUGAUGAUACAUUUACGCUGAAUUUCCUAACAAGUAUAUGCUGAUGAGACAAAGUGACUGUGUGGCUGCUCGCCUCCUGACCACUGAAAAGUGCUGAUUAUUUGGAUUAAAACAUAAAUCAUCUGAGCACAUAGAUUAUUAGAAAAAAACGGAAUAUUAUUAGAAAAACAUUAAAUAUAUCUAACAUACAGUAUGACCUAUUUAAAUGCCCACAGUUAAGUCAACAAUCUUUGGCUUUAUUUUGAUUGUUGUUACAUGCAACGUUUAUCUGAUUAAUAUAGCUUCCAUCAAUUAAUCAUUUGAAGCAAAUUCAUUUAUGAUGCACAUUACAUGUUAGAGUUAAAAGUAAAGUAGCACUGAGAAAUACUGUACCAUGUGGGAAUGUAUGUUGCAGCUUUCAGUUCACUAACAUUUCACAGCACGGAUAAAUUACUAAAGGGCUAAAAGUGCAGAUUAAAAAGAUAUGUGUGUGAGUUUGUAUGUGUACAGAUUAGAAAUAAAAACCCUAGUUAAAAUUUUCACUCAUGGUUAAAGAAAUGUGCUUAAUAUUUAUGCUAAACAUUGUAAACCCAGGGGACAGAUUUAACCAAACUAGUGUCCUAUUGGCUGAAGAGCUUCUCUCGUGUCAGUAAAUGAGACUGUAAAUGAUUACUGUUUCAAUUUGCUGGAUGGUUAUUGCAACAUAAACAGUGACAGUCAGCCAUGUGUGAAGGUUUUGCAAAUAACAAACAAAUUAUGUGUUGGCAAUAAAGACUUCUUAUCAAAAACAUG